CCCAAUCUAAGCUUAGCGACUGGCCGCACAACGAAUUUCCUCAAUUGAUUGAAUUUUUGACUUUGGCUCUGGAGACUUUUUUCCCCGUUCCAAGACGACAUCACAUUCAGGUCCAUUUCUCCCCCCCGCUAUACCCUCACCUGAACCGUCAAGAUGCGAUACAUCCACAGCGUCGAGACCUUGGAGAUUCCCGAGGGAGUCAAGGUCACAAUCAAGUCCCGCAACGUCACAGUCGAGGGCCCCCGAGGCAAGCUUUCCAAGGACCUGAGCCACAUCGCGGUUAACUUCUCGCGACCGAAGAAGAAUGUUAUUGGCAUUGAGAUUCACCACGGCUCGCGAAAGGAUGUCGCCACGCUCCGAACCGUCCGAACCCUGAUCAACAACCUGGUCAUCGGCGUCACCAAGGGCUUCAAGUACAAGAUGCGUUACGUCUACGCCCAUUUCCCCAUCAACGUCAACGUCGAGAAGAACAGCGAGACUGGCAACUUCGAGGUCGAGAUCCGAAACUUCAUCGGUGAGAAGCUCGUCCGAAGAGUCGUCAUGCAGCCCGGUGUCGAUGUCGAAAUCUCCACAGCCCAGAAGGACGAGCUGCUCCUCCUAGGCAACUCCCUCGAGGAUGUUUCCCAGAGCGCCGCCGACAUCCAACAGAUCUGCCGAGUCCGAAACAAGGAUAUCCGAAAGUUCUUGGACGGCAUGUACGUAUCCGAGAAGGGCAACAUCGCGGAAGAGGUCUAAACGGGCGGACAUGACGGGACACAAAUGGUUUCUUUGCUUUUAGGGUCUCAAUACGGAGUCGCCGGGGUUCAUCUGCAUCUCACGUAGCAAAAUAGCUGCGAAAAAAUGGAACCGAAAACUGAGCAACUGUGUUUCUGAACUUUGAACACUUUACGAUGAUGUGAAUUGUGAGGUAAUGCGUUUAUGAUGAUAUUCGCUUCAGGGACUAGCGGUUUUCAUACGACGAGGUGCGGAUUUGAGAUAAUCCUUACUGAGCUAUCCGUGACGACCCAUGAGAACUUGGGAGCAUCUAGAAAUUAAACUAUCAUAUGAUUAUUGUGCAA